GUGGUUGCGGAAGCUUACCUCUUUCUCGUCGUUCGUCGCGUUGAAGUUCUGGAUGAAGUUCAGUCGUCUAAGCUUGGUGGACACGGUUUUUCGCUGGAAGUUCCAGCUGGGCUGAGAUCGUCGCGAAGUUAUGGGUGCAGUGGUUGGUGACCCCUAAGCGAGUUGGAUUAGUGAUUUCAAGAGUGCAGUGUUUGAGGUUCAAUUUGCGCAAAGAUUUACGACUUUACCGACGUACUUUGCUGAAGAAGGUGUUCACGUGCUCAUCGGUGAAACCAACUGUCUGCGGUGGAUUUAGUGCAGAUUUACGGCAGCACUACAACGGGUGUGCACUAAAGCAGACGGGAAGAAGAUCGUUCUACGUGAUCUGUACAGAAGUGGUGUUGCUCAAGUUGGUGUGACUAAUUUUGCGGUGAUAAAUGAUAUGUGAGGUCUUCGGAGCCCUUUUUGUGAGUGCGCUUUUUCGAGUGAAGAUGUGAAGCUCUAAUUACAAAGUUUGGGUUGUGCCUGAAUAUUUUAGUGCUUGAUUAAAGGAGUGAAUCGUUGAUUAGAAGAAAGGAGCAAGCAAGUGAAAUUUUCGGGUAGUUUUGUGUGUGUCACGACAGUCCGGAACGAUGGAUCCGGACGAUCUGAUCACGUUGCGGGUCCAGUACCUGGUCGACAGUGAUCCGUUCAACAGCUUCGCCAUGUAUCCGAUUCCGUCACGCGCGCCGGCCUUCUCCUUUGCCAGUUCCGCCCCGCUGGCCACCCAGCUGGGGGUGCUCCUGCGCCACCUGGGGGCACCGCAACGGCUGGACGAUGCCGCCCUGCAAGUGUACAAAGACGGCGACUAUGGCGCUUAUCUGGACCUGGAGUCGUCGCUGGCCGAGCAGUCCGAGGACAUUGAGGGACUUAAUGCGAAUCGCAAAAAUUCCCUCGUCGUUCGAACUCAGCUCAGUGUCAGGGUGCACUGUAUUAUUGAAAAACUCCUCUCCUGCGAUGGCCGUGAACUGCGGAGGGCGCUCUUCUCGCUGAAGCAGAUCUUCCAGGAGGACAAAGACCUGGUGCAUGGCUUCGUGGCGCUCGGUGGGCUCAACUGCCUGGUGCAGAUCGGAAACGAGGCCGAUCAGAACUACCAGAACUACAUCCUGCGGGCCCUCGGGCAGGUCAUGCUGUACGUGGAUGGGAUGAACGGGGUCAUGAAGCACUCGCCCACGAUCCAGUGGCUGUACUCGCUGAUUGCGUCCAAGUACCGGCUGGUCGUCAAGACGGCCCUCAAGCUGCUGCUGGUGUUUGUCGAGUACUGCGAAGGGAACUGCUACCUCAUGGUCAGCGGCAUUCGGUUCGUCGAUACGGCCCGCGGGGUGGUGCCCUGGAAUAACAUUAUGAAACUCCUCAAAGACUACGAAAACGCCGACACCGAACUGCUCAUCUACGCGACCUCGCUGAUCAACAAGACCCUUUCGGGCCUCAGCGACCAGGACAGCUUCUACGACGAGAGCGACUUCCUGGAGCAGCAGGGCAUGGAGGGCAUCAUCCAGCGGUACAUGUCCCGGCCGGGCACCGACCUGGACCUGCUGGACCAGCUGCAGCUGUACGAAACGGUGCUGAGGUUCGAGGACGGCGAAACCGACGGGAUCCGAAUUCCGGACAAUACGGUGCGCAAGACGCUGCGGUACAGGUCGAACGAAAACGACAGGAGGAAGUCUCGCCGGCACAGUACGGGGACGGCUCCGUCGGCUCAGCCUCCACCGGUUCCACCGCCUCCUCCGCCGUCACUGUUGAUGUCCAUGCCGCCGAGUAUUCCGCCACCUCCUCCACCACCGCUGCCUCCUCCGGUGGCGCCGGUCAUGGUGUACGGCUCGUUACGGCAAGCCGUGCAGCAGCAAGCGCACGACGAGGACAGCUCGAGUUCGGCGAACUCGGCGGAUCACAACCUUGGCGGAGGUGGUGGCUACCGGGACACUUCGCGGGAUACCACCGGGGUGACGCCAGGUUUACGCAGGAGACGCGAGCGGGCUGAACGGCAGAAGAGCUUCAUGCGGGAACAGCAGGAACUGACUCAGUUCAAAGCACAGGAGGAGACCAACGGUCACGGUUACAUCCUAACCCACACUCCGCCAGCGAUUCAGCAACCCCAACCUCCAGUUCGACUGCGGAGCAACGGCACGGCACGACUCUGCAACGCAACCAUCAACGAGUACGAACCGACGACGACGACUUCGGCGCGCAUUCCAAGCCUAACUCAGUCUGUGAUCUAUACUAAGCAUAACACUAAUAACCAUAACCUCGGAGAUCUCGGAGGUCGAACCACGGACCACCACGCGGUCGAGUACAGGAACAGCAAGAACCUGCUGCUGAACGGUAAGCACAACGGAACCAACGGGCACUACGCCAACGGCAACGGGUACGGCAAGACGCUGGAUCUGAACGGGAACAUGCCGAACGGGAGGAGUAUGACUAGCAGUCCGGAGGAGUUGGAUGAGAACGAGAGUCCCAACAUUAAGAUGAAUGGGAGCUAUGGGGAAAUCAACGGGUACGGGAGUACCAAUGGGUAUUUGAAUGGGUACGGGGGUAAGCAGCAGAAUCUUCAGAAUGGGAAGGACCAUGAACAUCGGCAGAGGAAUGGCGGAAGUGGUGGAGUCAACGGGUAUGUCAACGGUAAUGUAAUGUCCAAUGGAAGUCACGUGGAGCAGAAUGGAAAGCAGGAUUCGACGCAAGUGGACUCCGACAACGAGGAAAAGAAGCUGAUCCUGCAGCUCAAAAAAGACCACACCGUGAAGGACCUGACGCAGAAGCUGAGCAGCCUGCCGCUGAGCCCCCAGGAGGACAAAUCGGCCCAGGCGAACCGCCAAAUCGGCGACAUGUCCGGCCUCAUCUCCAAAGCCAAAGAGGGCCUGGCCAAGAGCAAAAGCAACAAGGACAUUUCCCGCUCGCCCUCCGUGGACAGUGACAUCAAGAAGCUGGCCACGGCCACGGCAGCCGAGCAGCAGAAAAAGUCCGAAAACGAACUCCACUGGGAGGAAAUUAUCAAAAACAUGACCCGCAAGCUGAAUCUGUGCGACCUGGACUUUACCGAUCUCACCUCGGACGACGAUAAGGACGUGCUGGCGCCGCGGGGCUUCGGCGGGGCCGUUCCUCCGCCACCGCCACCGGCCGGCGGAAUGAUGAUGCCACCGCCCCCGAACAUGAUGAUGGGCGCCGGUGGACGGGUCAACCCGAUGGCGCCCCCGAUGAUGUUCGCCAACGGGGGCGGUGGCCUGCUGAUGAACCCGGCCGCCAUGACCAACGGAAUUGCCGGCAGCGUGGGCGACCUGAGCGGGAUGAACACAAUCAAGAAGAAUAAAAAGACUGUAAAACUUUUCUGGAAGGAAGUACGCGAGGACAUGAUCCCGGCGACGAUACACCGCACCAUUUGGGACGAGCUGCCGGAGGCCAACGUGGACACCCAGAAGUUGGAGCAUUUGUUCGAAUCCAGAGCCAAAGAUCUGAUGACAAAGAAGCAACAAGAGCUAAACAAGAACAAAGAGGUCAUCGUGUUGGACCACAAGCGCUCGAACGCAAUCAACAUCGCGAUGACGAAGCUGCCCCCGCCGCGAGCCAUCAAGGCCGCCAUCCUGAAGAUGGACUCCACGGUGGUGACCCGCGAGGGCAUCGAAAAGCUGCUGAACAUGCUCCCAACCGACGAGGAACGCUGCAAGAUCCAGGAAGCGCAGAUGCUCAACCCGGAACUGCCACUGGGAACGGCCGAGCAGUUCCUAUUAACCCUGUCCUCGAUCUCCGAACUCGGCGCGCGCCUCAAGCUGUGGGCCUUCAAGCUGGACUUUGAGAACAUCGAGAAGGAAAUCGCCGAACCGUUGAUGGACCUCAAGCAGGGCAUCGAACUCCUCAAAGCGAACCUCACCUUCAAGUGCAUCCUCUCCACCCUGCUGAAGAUCGGCAUCUUCCUGAACGGAGCCCCCGUCAAGGGCUUCCAGAUCGACUACCUGGCCAAAGUACCUGAGGUGAAGGACACCGUCCACAAGCACUCGCUGCUGCACCAUCUGUGCCACAUGGUCAUGGAAACCCAGGCGAACACCACCGAUCUGUACUCGGAGAUUGGACCGAUUACGCGCGCUUCGAAGGCCGACUUUGGCGAGUUGGCGCACAACAUCACCUACCUGGAGACGGAGUGCAAGGCGUCGUGGGAUCGGCUGAAGCUGAUCAGCAAGCACGACACGGCGCCGCAUCUGAAGCAGAAGUUGAUCGACUUCCUGGCGGAUUGUGCCGAGCGAAUCAUCAUUUUGAGUAUCGUGCAUAGGAGGGUGCUAAACAGGUACCGUAAGUUCCUGCUCUGGCUAGGCGUUCCGCAGCAUCGGAUCGCCGAAUCCCGGCCGAACGAGUUCUGCCGGAUCGUGUCGGAGUUUGCGCUCGAAUACCGCACGACCCGCGAGCGCGUCCAGCAGCAGAUCGAGAAGAAGGCCAACCACCGAGAGAGAAACAAGACUAGGGGCAAGCUCAUCGUCGAGGUGGGCAAGUUCAAGGGCACGACCACCGGUGCUUCCGGCGGUGCCACCACCCAGGAGGAUCUGGCCGACGUGGAGCUCAAGACCCUCCUCGGCACGCCCACCAAGGGUCCCGGUGGGGACGAGGUCGAGAUGAGCGGAACGUUGACGUGGCGACGCCGGCGGGGUGACGCCACGGCUUCGCCGGUCGUGCCCGGUUCCGGCCGGAACAGUGCCCUCAACGCCAGCUUUGGCGGUCACCACCACAACCGGGACGAAAGCUUCACCGACGGGGACGACGAGAUUCUGGAGUCACUCGUCAAGACGGCAACCAAAGCGGCCACGCCGAGACCUACGCAGCGGGAACGGAAACGGACCCGACAGGCGGAUCGAAAGUCAUUUAAGAGGUCACGAACGCGCGAAGGGUUUGAGGUGGAACGAAGUGGCAACUCGCCAGUCUAGUUUAGGGCGAAGCGGAGGUGUGGCAUCGAGCGAGUCGGAAGUGUGUGUUGUAGAUAGUUAAGACGAGGUGGUUGUGGUGCUUCCGAUUUGAGAGCUUGAGACACGCAGAAUAUUUUAGGAAAAAUUCUUAAGACCAUUAGGAUGACAUAGCUGUAAGACGAACGCUGAAGAACGGACUAUCGGAGGAGGAAAAGCAACACGUGGCCUCGCUGAUAAAGGGAUACUAAAGCGGGCAGCAGCAGUUUCAACUCUCAACGAUAAAUUUAAGGGGUUCCAGCAGCAGCAAAUAGUGACGAUGACCGGGCUUCAGCGGAAAUUUCAAACAACAACAACUCGGAGAAAAUGUGAUAGCAAAAUUGCGAAGCGAAUAAACUAAAACAAAAAACAGAAACAAACUAGAGCGGAAAUUAGCGAGAGGCAAGAGUGUGUCGUCUGCGACUGGCAGUUCGGGGCAAGAAAAAGUUUCGGACAGGUUCGUUCAAAGUCGUGACACGGUAAUAUUUUGCUUUCUAUAAGUUGUGGAGAGACUAGUCUUUAUCGGAACGGAUAUGCAAACUAGGAAAGUUGCGAAAGUGGGAGCGAGAGGAAAAAAAAGAAGCUCCGUCGUACUUUUUCUGACAUUUAUUUCAGACUGUUGGGUCGAACUCGAACUCGAACUUCUUAAUGCAAAUAUCUAUAAUACUAAAAAUAUACAAUAUGUGUACUAAAACAAUUAUAACAUUACAAGAAGCGAGCGAGAGCCUAGGUAGGAUUCCUAUAAUGAAUAUUAAAAAUAAAAAAAAUCUUUCAGUGACUUAAUAAAAUGAUUUUUAAAAAGUGGUAACGAAAGCAUUGUGAAAUAGAUUUUCCAAAAACUAUGGUAAGGCAAAGUACUGUAAACCUAACGAAAACUAGCCCCUUGCAGAAGGGAGUUGCAACAUUUCAACUGUAAAAUAAUGACUCAUAUACGAUAUACAAUAUAAAUUAUUGAAUUAUAUCAAAGAAAACUAAAUGAAUAAAAUAGACAUAUUUUAAACAAGAAAUAUCUCAAAC